CCUCUGAAGCAUCAUAUUCAAGAUAUUCCAAUCGACUUACUUGACGGUAUUGCCUUCUCGUUUAUUUAAUAGAUUAUAGUGUUCCGAUUCAAAUUCCCCUAGCCCAACUUUUCUUUAUAUUCCCUCUCUCUUCCUCCCAAAAGUAUUCAUCAGUAUACACACUUUAGCUUCAUUGCUUCAACCAUGGAGAUUUGGUGUCCACGGGCGUUUCUUCUUCCUUCAACCAUUGUUGUCUUCUUCUUCGUCUUCGUGCCUCAGAUUCUCAUACAGUUCACUUAUGCUUCCGUAGAGGAAUACAAUCGACCCCCUCCCGGGAACAUCAUAUUCUCCAAGCAUAAGCGGUCUGAGUCGGAGCCUCAACAGGUGCAUAUUUCGCUUGCCGGAAGCAACCACAUGAGAGUAACGUGGGUUACGGAGGACCACAGGGCGCAUUCCACCGUGGAGUACGGCACGGCUCCGGGACAAUACACCACCAGGAUAAGAGGAGAGCAUACAUCCUAUACUUACUUUUUCUACUCCUCCGGCAAAAUCCACCAUGUCAAGAUCGGGCCCUUGGAGCCAGACACGACUUAUUACUAUCGGUGCGGUGCAUCUGGCCCGGAGUUCUCGUUCAAGAUGCCGCCUUCCACCUUCCCCAUCGAAUUUGCAGUGGUUGGUGAUCUAGGGCAAACAGACUGGACCAACUCAACCCUAGAGCACGUUGAGAGCAAGGACUACGACGUCUUCCUACUCCCGGGCGACCUCUCCUAUGCCAAUGGCCAGCAGCCACUUUGGGACUCCUUUGGCCGCCUGGUUGAGCCAACUGCAAGCCGCCGACCUUGGAUGGUUACCGAGGGCAACCAUGAGAUCGAGAUAGUUCCCAUCAUCUACACACACGGGUUCAAGGCUUACAACGCCCGGUGGCUCAUGCCCUAUGAGGAAAGUGGGUCUGAAUCCAACCUCUAUUACUCCUUCGAUGUUGCCGGUCGUAGCAUCCACAUCAUCAUGCUGGGGUCAUACACCGAGUUCAACUUCGACUCGGCUCAGUUCAAGUGGCUUCAACAGGACCUGGCCAAGAUUGAUCGGAGGGCGACACCGUGGGUGUUUGUGCUGUUGCACGCGCCGUGGUACAACACGAAUAAGGCUCAUCAAGGGGAAGGUGAGAGCAUGAGGAAGGUGAUGGAGGAAUUACUGUAUGGCGCACGGGUUGACAUCGUCUUUGCCGGGCAUGUUCAUGCCUAUGAACGAUUUACUAGGAUUUACGACAAUGAGGCUGACACUUGUGGACCUGUCUAUGUGACCAUUGGCGAUGGAGGGAAUAGAGAAGGGCUUGCAAUGUCGUACAAGGAACCAGCUUCGCCUCUCUCGAUGUUCAGGGAGGCGAGCUUUGGACACGGGAGACUGAGGGUACUCAACCACACGCAUGCGCACUGGUCAUGGCACCGCAACAACGAGACCAACUCCGUCAUCGCCGACGAGGUUUGGCUAGAGAGCUUGAGCGCCUCAAGUACUUGCAUGGGUCAACAACCAUCUUCUAUUAAGGAUGAACUUUGAGCAGGAUCGAAGCCACAAUAGAGAUACUUAGGUUCAGCAUCAGUCAAAUUGCAUAUUUGGUGGGUGUAGGUUUAUAUGUUGAAAGGUCCCAAAAAUUUAGAUAAAAUUGCAUGUUUGGCAAUCUUUCUUUUCCCUUUGAAUUCCUUCUUAGACACAGUUUCUUGCAAUUAGAUGGGAUUUUUACCCUUUGUUAAUGACACAAAUAAUUCCUCCAGAGCAAUUAAUUGGGUUUA